UCAGAAUGACAUUCAUCUAAGCUGUCAUAUUGACAGUUUAAGUUUUUUUUUGAUUUUUAGGUUAUAAGCAAUAAAUAAUAAUGUCAAAUAUAAACUUUAAAGAUUUUUGUAACGUCCUCGAAGAUAUAAAAACUAAUAAAAAUCGUGAUUAUAAAAUAAAAACAUUGCAACUUUACUACUCAAAUCUUCGAAAGAACAUAACCUCAACAACAAAUUUACACCCAAUUUUACGUUUAUUAUUACCAUCUUUCGAAAGGAAUCGAAGUUAUGGGAUGAAAGAAGACACUUUAAAAAGAAAGAUCAUAAAAAUUUUAUCUUUGACCAAAGAUUCAGGUGAUUCAAAAAUUUUAAAUAACAAAUCCGGUGAUUUUUCUACGACCGCGUUUAAUGUUUUAAGAAAAUAUUACGACGAAGGAAAGUUGUUAAAUAUCGGUCAAGUUAAUGAAGCUUUAGAUGAAAUUGCUGCAAAAAAUAAUGAUGAGUGCCGUUUGGGGGUUUUAUUUAAAAAAACGUCUCCGUUUGAGCAAAAAUGGAUCAUAAGAAUUAUUUUAAAAGAUCUCAAAUUGGGGUUGAGUGAUAAAAAGAUGUUAAAUUUAUACCAUCCGGAUGCUGUUGAUUUAUUUGAUAAAACCAACGAUUUAGAACAUGUUUGUGUAAAACUUUUUAACCCAAACGAACGCUUAAACGAAAUUAAUGUAGCACUUUUUAACGCGUUUUGUCCGAUGCUAUCAAAACGGUGUGAUGUUAAAGAAUUAUUUAAAACCGUUCCGGAUGAUAAGUCUUUGUUUUAUGUUGAGAAUAAAUUUGAUGGGGAACGAUUUCAAUUACACAUGAAUCAAGGAUCAUUUAAAUAUUUCUCUAGGAGAGGGUUUGAUUUCACUGCAAAAUUUGGGUGUAAUUAUAAAAAUGGGAUUUUUACACCACUUUUAAGGAAUUGUUUUAUAAAUAACACAGAAAGUGUUAUUUUAGAUGGAGAAAUGAUGGGGUGGGACCCAGUUAAAAAAAUAUUUGGUUCAAAAGGAAUGAAUUUUGAUGUAAAAAACUUAACAGAUACAAGUUAUCAUCAACCUUGUUUCUGUGUUUUCGAUAUUUUGUUGCUAAAUAAUGAAGUUUUAACAAACAAAGCAUUAAGGGAGCGAAAAAAAUUGUUAGAGUCAAUAUUAACUCCUAUUGAGGGGGUUAUUCUUGUUAGUUCUUUAAAAGAAGUUUAUGGAAAAAGAGAAAUUAUAAAUGCUUUGAAUGAUUCUGCUUCAAAUAAAGAGGAGGGAAUUGUUUUUAAACGACCUGAUUCAUUUUAUAUUACAAAUAGUAGAAAUGAUGGGUGGUGGAAGAUGAAAUUAGAGUAUUUUUCUGAUGUUAUGACCGAUUUAGAUGUAAUAAUUAUGGGGGGAUUUACCGGAAAAAAUCAACAAAUUGAGAAAGUCUUAGUUGGUGUCGGUGUUCCAUCAAAAAGAGGAUCACAUCCAACUGUAUUUCAUUCUUUAUCCACUGUUUACACCGGAUUAAAUUUGAAUGAAUGGAAAGAAUUAAAGGAGAAAUUAAAUAAUAAAUUAUUUAAAACUUCAGAGAAUAAUUCAUUUGAAUCAUUUGGUUUAAUUUUUGGGAAAAAGAAACCUGAUGUGUGGGUCAAACCUGAGGAUUCAUUCAUAUUAGAAGUACGUGCUUCAGAAUUAAUAAAAACAAAGGCACAAUCCGAUUAUAAAUCGAAUUAUACAUUACGAUUUCCUCGUAUACAAAAAUUACGUUUUGAUAAGCCUUAUUACGAUUGUUUAACAACUUUAGAACUAGAAAAUUUAACAUCAACUCAAUUACCGGUGGAAAAAUUAUUUAAACGGAAGCUAAACUUGGAAGAUCUUGAAUACGAUUUUAAAAAGACGAAAAAAAUCCGCGUUAAAUACACGGUGAAUGAAGUUAAUGUCGAUAACGUAAUAAGUAACAUCUUUAAUAACUUGGAAUUUUGUGUUUGGACCGGAAAUAAUGAGUACUCCAAAGAGGAUAUUGAAAAGAUUUUGAAAGAGAAUGGGGGAAAAGUGACGAAAAUUGAGUCGCAAAGGACUUUUUGUAUUUUAAUUGGGGAUAAACAUGAACGCGUUAAUUAUUAUCGAGGUGAUAUCGAUAUCGUUAAGUUAUCUUGGGUUUUGAAUUUAGUUGAGAAGAAAAAGUUUUUUGAUUAUACCCCUCUCGACACAAUUUAUGCGACUAAUAAAACUAAAAACGUUUUUAUGGAAAAAUUCGAUAAAUUUGGAGAUUCCUUCACGGAGGAGUUAACAAUAAAGAAAUUAAAAGCAAUAGAAAAAAACAUAAAUGGAUUAAGUUUUUUUAUACGCCCAUUACCAAAAGAAAUCGAUAAGUUUUGUAAUGAAAUCCAAGCGAAUUAUAAUUUAAGUCUAUUUCAGAAUUAUGUAGCGUUUUUUUAUCAAUUUAGUAAUAAUUCGAAAUUGGACGAAUUGGAAUUUAAGUUUUGGGGUGGGCGAAUUUCAAAUAAACUCGAUGAUUCGGUUAAUUUGGUUAUUGUUGAUUCAAUAGAGAAGAUCGACGAGGUUAAAAUGAUUUUUAAAGGAAAAAUUGUUUUAAAAGAUUUUAUUAAUCAAUCUAUUAAUAAAUACACAGAGGAUUUAUUGUAAUUAUUUUUAAUAAAAUAAAACUACCCAUAAAAUAUAAUAUUCGUUUUUAAUAGAUAAGCAUCUCUUUAUAAAUUACAAUCUGUUUUGUCAAACGUCGUUUUAAACCUUCAGUUACUUACCUACAUCUUUUUAAUGAAAAAGAAACGUUUGGUUCGCUUAAAAAUUAAAGUCACGGUUAAAUCAUUAUGUAUAACAUCAUCGUUAUAAUAAUUAUUAUAAAAAAGUACAAUCUACCUAGUAGCGUA